GAAAGACCCUAUGAAUGCUGUGAGUGCGGGAAAAGCUUCACUCAGAGAUCAGCCCUUAUCUCUCAUCAGAGAAUCCACACAGAAGAGCGACCCUACGAAUGCUGCAAGUGCGGGAAAAGCUUCACUCAGAGAUCAGCCCUUAUCUCUCAUCAGACAACGCACACGGGAGAGAAACCCUACGAAUGUUGCGAGUGUGGAAAAAGCUUCUCUCGGAGCUCAAACCUUACUAUGCAUCAGAGGAUCCACACAGGAGAGAGACCCUAUGAAUGCCGUGAGUGCGGGAAAAGUUUCACUCACCUCUCCUCCCUUAUCUCUCACCAGAGAGUCCACAAAGGAGAGAAACCCUAUGAAUGUUGCGAGUGUGGAAAAAGCUUCUCUCGGAGCUCAACCCUUGUUACACAUUACAGAGUCCACACCGGAGAGAGACCCUAUGAAUGCUGUGAGUGUGGGAAAAGCUUCACUCAUAGUUCAGCCCUUAGUAGGCAUCAGCGAAUACACAGAGGAGACAAACCCUAUGAAUGCCGUGAGUGCGGGAAAAGCUUCACUCAGAGAUAUACCCUUAACUCUCAUCAGAGAAUCCACACAGAAGAGCGACCCUACGAAUGCUGCAAGUGCGGGAAAAGCUUCACUCAGAGAUCAGCCCUUAUCUCUCAUCAGACAACGCACACGGGAGAGCGACCCUAUGAAUGCUGUGAGUGUGGGAAAAACUUCACCCGAAGCUCAAACCUUACUAGGCAUCAGAGGGUCCACACAGGAGAGAGACCUUAUGAAUGCCGUGAGUGCGGGAAAAGUUUCAGUCACUUCUCCUCCCUUAUCUCUCACCAGAGAGUCCACACAGGAGAGACACCCCAUGAAUGUUGCGAGUGUGGAAAAAGCUUCUCUCGGAGCUCAAACCUUACUAUGCAUCAGAGGAUCCACACCGGAGAGAAACCCUAUGAAUGCAGUGAGUGCGGAAAA